UUUGCCUAAGAUGGACAGAAGCUCCCUGUGUUCCAGUCUCCUCAAUCUUGACUGAAAGUGAAGUUUGCUCAUUUUCUGCUCUUUCCACAAUGCCUUUCCUAAGAAAACUCUGCAUUUAUUGUUGGAUUUCAGGGACUUUUCUCUUAUCCGCACAUGUCGUGUCCCUGAAGACGUCUCGAGAUGUAUCGGAUGACCAGAAUUUCAACAAAGCCGUUUUUCGGGACGUGGUGUAUGAAUUUGUCGCAAAGCCACACUCAUGGGGACAGGCGAGUGAAGCCUGCGAGAUUCGAGAAGGGAAACUUCUGAAGUAUCUGGACUGUGAAAUCAAGGAUUUCUUUUCCAAAGUGUUCAAGGACCUCCAGACCGCGGCUCCAGGCUGGUGGAUCAGUGAGGGUUUGACGGGAUAUUAUGAAGAAUGUGUUAUUCAGGCAAUGCCCACUGCUCAACCUGCUGAUAGACCUAGUCCACAUUUUUGCACCUACGUGACAAUGGAUCCAUUCCAGCUGGUGACCACGCCCUACUGCAAUAUGACCUUGGGUUACCUGUGUACUCAGGAUUCACAAGCAGAUGAAGAUGAAAAUAAACGAGUGCAGAGGAGCAUUCGGGUCCGGAGGAGCACAAAUCCCAUAAUAAGUGAAUGGUUACAGCAAAUGGAUUCAUCAACAUCAGACUUGGUAGCUGUCCUCACGAUUGCUAAGCAAAUAUUAAACAAAAUUGCAAACGAACCAGUGGAGAUAGCACAUGAUUCAAAGAAGCUAUACCUAAAAGAUAUACUAAAAGCCCUAAAGGCGCUUAGGGAAAUAGAUGACUCUAGGAAGGACCUCACUAUUAAUUGUACUGGAGGCCUCAUUUUGCACACCGUCGAGCAGUGUGAACCAGAUGACAGCCCAGAGCAUCUUGAGGAGCUGCUUAUUCUGGCUACCCUGAUUUAUCAGCAGUUAAAUAUACUGACACAGCAAAACACCAACACAGUAUACGUCUGGGAUUUUUUAUCAGGCACGCUUUUUACAACCAGACAGGAGCCAAAAAAUCUGGACACCAUGGUGAUUGGGAAUAUGGAGCAGGGUGUUUUCCACUUUCCCUCUUUUGAUGCGUUAAAGUCACAGCUGCCAGCUGCCCCUGUCGAUGUUCAGAUGUUCAGUUAUAAAACUAACCCACUGAGUGAACAAUCAAACUUUAGCAUCACCGGCACCGUUUGCAGCCUGUCACUCUCGGCGGAUUCGUCUAAUAUCAAACUCAGUAAUCUCUCAAGCUUCAUCGAGAUAUUUCUGCCACGUCCCGAAGCCCCUGAGCCAGAACUUUCAAGCGUGUCCUUAAAAUAUGGGUUUGCUCUCAUCACAUCCUUCAACAUCACUGAUCCAAACGCAACUGUCAUUGUUACUGCAAUACCAGAUCAAAAUGUCUCUCUUCAGUUGCUCCUGUCUCCCACUUACCAGUCAAACAAUCACAGCCAGCGCACCAUCCUGACUGGCCAUGCCGAUAAUUAUCAGUGGAUCAUCCACCCAGAGAUGAUGAACUCUACUAACGGGACCAUGUAUGUGAACGUAACACUGUUUAACUACACGUCAUCCCGUCCAGUGACAGUCAGUAUCUCACUCAUGAACUUUAAGUGUGUGUACUGGGAUGUAAACCAAAAAGAUUGGAGCAGAGAUGGCUGCUGGGUUGGUCCUAAAACAGUACCCAAAAUGACUCACUGCUUAUGUAACCAUAACACUUUCUACGGGAGCUCCUUCUUUGUGAUGCCCAAUCCAAUAGACCUGUCACAAACAGCUGCCCUUUUCGCCACCAUCAAUCAAAAUUACGUGGUUGUCUCUGUCCUAUGUGGUUUCUUUUUCCUCUAUCUGAUCCUUGUGUUAUGGGCGUGGUAUGCUGACAAAAAAGCCCUGAGAACGCGCAAGGUGAUGUUGCUGGAGGACAAUCAUCCAUGUGCUCAUUAUAACUACCUGCUGAAUAUACAGACAGGAAACCGGAAGCGAGCAGGAACCUCAGCCAAGGUUAUGAUGACCCUAGAAGGCACCGAUGGCGAGAGCGACAUCCAUCACCUAGCUUACCCAGAUCAACCUGUGUUUGAAAAAGGAGGAGUGGACAUGUUCAUGCUCAGCACUCCAUUCUCUCUGGGAGAGCUGCAGAACAUCAAACUGUGGCAUGACAACACAGGAGGAGAUCCAGACUGGUACUUGCAGAAGGUGACAGUGCAGGACUUGCAGACUCGUCAGGUCUGGCACUUCCUGUGCAACACCUGGCUAAAGGGCAACGGCGACACACCUUGUAAAAGAACCUUCAAUCCAGCAAAGAAGAACGAGAUCACCAGUUUUGGCAAUUUAUUCCAUGCUCGGACAUCCACCGGGUUCCGAGACGAGCACAUUUGGAUUUCUAUUGUGAAUCCUCCACGCCACAGCCCCUUCACCCGAGUGCAGCGAGUCUCCUGCUGUAUGUGCCUGCUGCUGUGCACCAUGGUCAUCAACAUCAUGUUCUGGAACAUUCCCAAAGAUGGAGAGUCUCCUGUCAUCAUUAAGCUAGGAUCCUUUGAACUCACCUGGCAGCAGAUCAUGGUUGCAGUGGAAAGCGCCCUGCUCAUGUUCCCGAUUAACAUCCUCAUUGUCACCAUAUUCCGCAGUAUACAACCACGCGUUAAAAAAGAUGACAAGGACAUGCCCAAGACCAACAAAAGCGACAAAUCUUCCGUUACUUCCAUGCAGACUAUCCUCAAGGACACACAGGAUAUUGUAAAUCUCCUCAGCAAAAGCCCCAAAAAUUGCGUGAUUGCAUUGCAGGAAAAUCUUGAGACCACCGCAGAUCUGUUCGCUGCACUUAAUCAAAUGCAUGAUGUCAUCGUGAAUAUACAAGGCCAGACUGUCGGGGAUCAGCACUGGGCCCACUGCAGCCGUUUUGUCUUUCACACUUUAUGCCAUCUGUCAACGUUACUGGAUCGCGCCGGAGAGAAAGUGUUUCCUCACCCCGAGGACCUCGAUCUGGCUAAGAACACAGUGAACAUGAUGCUGAAGAAGGCGGAGGUGUUGACCAGCACUCAUCCAGUGCAGAGCUUUGUGCCUGUGCAAGAGAAGAAGACAAAAUCCGGCUGCAAGCUGCCCUGGUGGUUUGUCUUUGUCGGCUGGGGUCUUCUCAUUACCAUAAGCGGCAUCUCGACCUUCUUCACCUUGCUGUACGGCUUUCAGUAUGGGAAGGAGUCAUCCAUUCGAUGGGUCAUCACCCUGACGCUGUCCAUGUUCCAGAGCAUCUUCAUCAUCCAACCUCUGAAGGUUGUUGGUCUGGCCAUCUUCUUCGCACUCAUUCUGAGGCCGGUGGCAGUUGAGGACAACCAGGAGGUUGAACUUUUGCUAGAUGAACAACGUGAAAAAUGCGAGUCAUACUGCGGACGGCACAUGCACUGAUGCUUUUGAUUAAAGUCCAACACUCAGAUGAGACAGACCUUCUUUGAUGAUGAGAUUUUGACCAGUGCAAAAAUCUUAAACUGACUCUUGAAGAUUUUGAUGUAAACCAUUAUCAGGGUGGAGGUUUUAUCUUUUGUAUCAUAAAUGUGUACUAUAUCUGUCUAUGUUCCCUCUAAAAUCCCAUAAUGCAUGCAAAAGUACAGUGCAACCUGUAAGUCAUUAUAAAGUGACACAAUGUGCACACAGGAUUUUAAAUAAAAAACUAAGAGGUUAAAGUGCAAUGUCAUCUUUAAGGUAUUUAGAUCCAGAUUGGACCCAUAUUUAGUACUACAGCCCUCCACACUAAAAUAUAUCGUGUCACUGGUUAAUUGCUUACAGAGUGCUCUGAUUUUUGCAAUUUAGGUACAAUAUAAAGUCUUAGUAAAACUUUCAAAACUGUGCAAUUUAUUGUAUGCUUAGCAUUAGAAUGUGUAAAAAAAAAAAUGCAUAACACUGCAUCACAGCUUUGUG